UUAGUUGGAAGAGAUCACCCGGAGAUCUGUGAUUUGUUGGGGGCGCUCGAGUUGGAUGGAGGACGACGACCGGUGUUCCUCGAGCAACCCGGGAGGGAUCGGGCAGGAGGAGGAAGAUGAGGACGGGAAAGUUCUCCGAUUCCUCGACUCUUUGGAUAGCUAUCUUACGCUACUCGAUGCCUUGUCUUCCACCCUUCGCCAGGGAUGGUUCGAACUAGCUAGUGCUCGUCACUCGAUGGGUUCAUCGCGCAUCUCAAGUGUGUUGCUUGACCAGAAAGUACAGUCUGCUGCAACCACAUUUCAAGUUAGAAAAUCUAUUGAUGGAUCGCCAUCAGAGUCACAUCCAAGUUUUGCUAUUUCAAAAUGGGCAUCUUCGAGGAAUGGGAAAUGUUCUUUCAGGGAGUUGGAAGUCAGUCGUGUGCAAAAGACAUCUAAGAAUUCAGAAUUAAGGCAUCGAGGUUCAUCCAACUUCUACGAUACUACAGAGGAACAUGACUUGACAAUCAAUGCAUCUUCUACCAUUAGUGAUAGUGAUGUUCAGAAGGAGAGGUCUAAAUCCUUAUCAGUCUUUGGAACUUUGGUGUCUCCAAAGCUCCGUGGUGCCCAAGUUUCGUUUGAGACAGCACUUGAUGCCAUAGUAGAAAUUGCAAAUAUCCGGUCUUCGAUGCUCUCUGCCUUCACUCAGUUACAACAAGAAAUGAAGAAGGAUUUAGGUUGAGUUCUACCACUUUCGGCUGAGCAUCCGGUAUUGUGCUUCAUCAGCCACUCAAAAAGGAUAGCACGAUAUGAGCUUUUGUUUACAAGAUUGAUGUUAGAACGACAAUGCUUGUAAUAUGGAGAACGAAACAUUGUCUAUUUGGCAUGUCUGCUGCUACAUGAGAUAUGCUGACCUUUUGAUCGAUAUGCUUUCGUCACAAAUAAUUGGCAAUGAUAUUUCUCCAA